AUGGUCCGGAUACACACAUUGAAUAUCGAGCCCGCUGUCGUCAACUCCUCGUGUGCGUGGGCAUCUGACUAUGAAGAGCUACGAGACCUCUAUGAUUCCCCCUACACUGGCGCGGUGAUUACUCGUACCGCGACGUUCAACGGAUUUAGCGAAGACGCAUCUAAUACGGUGGCCCUUGCCAAGUCAACAGUGUCAUCCAUCAACUCUUACGGUUACUCUCCCCAUCCACUCUCGAAAUAUCUCGAAUGGAUCUACACCAUCCUCACUACGCCUAUGCUCGACGGGAGCCCGCCUACGAAACCGGUCAUCAUCAGCAUUACUGCAUCCACGCCAACCGUCCUGACAGAGAUGGUCGAGAACAUCCAGACCCUCCGCAAGAAGCUCCGAGCUUCUAAUCAAACGCCGACUGCCUUCGUGCCGGAUCCUGCCACGCUCGUGGGUAUCGAACUGAACACGUCAUGUCCCAACAUCAAGGACGCGCCUCCCCCAUCCUACAACUUCCAGUUCCUCCUUCCCCACCUGGAUGUUCUGUCGUCAGCAUUCUAUGCGGAUUCUACAUUGACGAUCGGCCUGAAGCUUCCGCCGUACCUGUACCAAACACGCUUUGUUGAGGUCGUCCGCUUCUUGCACACAUACACGCGCGAACACGUGUCGCGCUUUCUGAACCCGUUCGCCUACCUGGCAUGCACGAACACCCUCGGCAACUGUUUGCUCUUUGCAGAAGACCCGCUGACAAACCCCUCCGGGACCUCCGCAGACCCCGAGAGGCCCUCCGCUGACAGCAUGGAAACCGACGACACGCCCCCGCCGCACCCACCUUCGCCCUCGACAACGCCCUCGCUCUUCGCGCUCCCCACGCCCCUAGGCGGACUAGGGGGCGACGCCCUCCACCCAAUCGCGCUUGGGAACGUCUAUUCCUUCGCGCGACUGCUCGCGGCCCAUCCAGACCCAGCGAUGCGGCGCAUCCGCAUCAUUGGCAUCGGCGGUGUCACGUCGGCCGCUGCGGCCGCGCGCAUGCGCCAGGCCGGAGCCUCGGUCGUCGGGUGCGCAACGCUGCUGGGGCGAGAAGGUGUCCGGGCGUUCGAGAUCCUG